AUGGCCACCAAGCGUCCCUCAACCAUCUCCACCACUCUGAAGUCCACACUCUACUUCUUCAUCAUUGCCCUCACUAGUAUCGGAUGUGCCAACUCAGCUCGAAUCCUCGUGGCGGAUGCCACAUCACCACUUCCUAAUGUGGUGGUUCCAACAGCCAUACCACUAGCGGCGCCGCCUACCGUUGCUCCAGUUUCAUCCAUUACUCCCGUGACAGCGACAGCGCCUGCUUUCGCACCAAUUGCCACACUUCCAGCCCCUGCUGAUUCAACCACAGCAGCAACACCUGCCGUGGCUAUCCCUCCUGUAUCCUCCAGUGUGGUGACAACACCUGUCGCCAACUUGGCACCUGUAGUGGGUCCCACUACCACACAACAAGGUGGACCCACCACAGCGAAUCCGGCAUUGUCAUUCUUCAUGCACGAUAUCCUAGGUGGGUCACAACCAUCGGGUCGGGUGGUGGCUGGGAUCGUUGCAAACAUGGGAGUCAACAGUCAACUACCCUUUUCCAGACCCAACACUGCGGUCCUCCCAAUCAACGGUGGGAUUCCACUCCUUAACAACGGUAACAACAUCAACGGUGUCCUCAACAACAAUAACAUUCCAUACCUGGCCGGGCUCGGCGGUGGUGCAUCAAGCACCACCGUGAUCGCCAACAGCGGCAACAACAAUGCCGUUAACGGUGGAAACAAGCUUCCUUUCGUGGAUGCAGGGCAGCUGCCCACAGGAGCCACACUUCAGGAGCUCAUGUUCGGUACAAUCACGGUCGUCGAUGAUGAACUGACCGACGGUCAGGAUUUGGGGUCAUCGGUGGUAGGGAAGGCACAAGGGUUCUACUUGGCUAGCUCGGUAGACGGGACUAGCCAUACCAUGGCUCUUACGGCACUGUUUCACGGCGGUGCUCAAGCGCCCGAUGACACAAUUAGUUUCUUUGGGGUUCACCGGACGGUAGCUACGGAGUCUCAGGUAGCCGUGGUUGGAGGGACAGGGAAGUAUGAGAACGCGAAAGGGUAUGCAAAUAUACAGACCCUGCAAUCCAGCAAUGAUCACACGACGGAUGGGGUGGAGACUCUUCACCAGUUCAGCGUUUACCUUUCCUAUUAG